GCUCGAGCGCGCGCGCUAAGGAACCGACCAUGACGACCAACGGCGCGGCGAACGGAACCAGCGACAUGCUGCAGAUCCAGUUCGGCCUCAUCAACUGCGGGAACAAGUACCUGACGGCGGAGACCUUCGGCUUCAAGAUCAACGCCUCCGCCACGAGCAUGAAGAAGAAGCAGAUCUGGACCCUGGAGCAGAGCGGCGACGAGGCCAGCGGCAACGUCUUCCACCUCAAGUCGCACCUGGGCCGCUACAUCGCCGCCGACAAGGACGGCAACGUCACCGGGGACAGCGAGACCCCGGGCCCGGAGUGCCGGUUCGUCAUCACGGCGCACGACGACGGCCGCUGGUCCCUGCAGUCCGAGCAGCACGGCCGCUACCUGGGCGGCACCGAGGACCGGAUCAUCUGCUUCGCGCAGACCGUGUCCGUGGCGGAGAAGUGGAGCGUGCACAUCGCCAUGCACCCGCAGGUGAACAUCUUCAGCCUGACGCGCAAGCGCUACGCGCACCUGAGCGACAAGGCGGAGGAGAUCGCCAUCGACCGGGACGUGCCGUGGGGGGUGGACUCCAUGAUCACGCUGGUGUUCCGCGAGCAGCGCUACCACCUGCAGACCUCCGACAACCGCUUCCUGCGGAACGACGGCGCGCUGGUCGCCGCCACGGACAGGAGCACGGGCUACACGCUGGAGUUCCGCUCCGGCAAGGUGGCCUUCAGGGACUGCAGCGGCAGGUACCUCGCGCCCUCGGGGCCGUCCGGCACCAUGAAGUCCGGCAAGAGCGCGCGCGUGGGCAAGGACGAGCUGUUCGUGCUGGAGCAGAGUCACCCGCAGGUCGUGCUCACCGCGGCCAACGAGAGGAACGUGUCCACUCGGCAAGGUAUGGACCUGUCGGCCAAUCAGGACGAGGAGGGCGACCAGGAGGUCUUCCAGGUGGAGAUCUGCCGCGAGAACAGGAAGUGCGCGUUCCGGACGGCCGCCGGGAAGUACUGGACCCUGACGGCGAACGGCGGUCUGCAGUGCACCGCCUCCACCAAGUCGACUAAUUGUUACUUCGACAUCGAAUGGCGUGGGAAGAGGCUGACGCUCCGGGCUGCCAACGGGAAAUACGUCGCCGCCAAGAAAAACGGCCAGCUCGCCGCCACCAUCGACUCGGCAGGCGAGUCCGAGGAGUUCAUCAUGAAGCUGAUUAACCGCCCCAUCAUCGUGCUGCGCGGCGAGCACGGCUUCAUCGGCUGCAGGAAGGUGACGGGCACGCUGGACUCCAACCGCUCCUCCUACGACUACUUCACCAUGGAGUUCCGGGACGGCGCCUACAGCCUGCAAGACUCCACGGGGAAGUACUGGAUGGUGGGCAACGAGCAGUCGGUGGUGAGCAGCAGCGACACGCCCGUCGACUUCCUCUUCGAGUUCUGCGACUACAACAAGCUGGCCAUCCGCCACGCCGCCGACAACAAGUACCUCCGCGGCGACCACGCCGGCGUCCUGAAGGCCAACGCCGAUGACCUGGAGGCCGCCACGAUGUGGGAGUACUGAGCGGAGUGGGGGGGCGCGGUUUGCCUUCGCCUGCCGCCAUGUUGCAGAUAUUCCUCCCUGUUCACACACCCACACACCCCCCUCCUCUCCUCGUAUUGUAUCCUGUAACCUAUGACUUUAUAUGUUGAACUGCACAGAGAGAACAGGAGGGACGGAAGAUGGACUCGCCUCCGUCUUCCUCCCCGUCCUUCCUCGCUCCCUUCUUCCUCCCUGCUCUGCUCUGCAGUGCCGACCGUAUCUGCUGCCAUACUCACCACGGGAUGGAUGGGGGGGGGGCGGCUGCGCACUUUCCUCUGCUCCCACCUGGUUCGCUGCUCGACCUGCCGCUCGCUCCCGUCCUCGACCUCAUGAUCGGGCCGUCCCCCCGACCCCUCCCCCCCUCCUCCUCCCAGAGCAGAGCCAUGUUUAGACCCCCCCUUGUCCUAACUUUGAGUUAUUUAUGGUGCUGAAAUAGAGGUAGAAUGGUUUUUGCACAUGUGUUUGCAUCAAGUUGUGUGUAAUAUUUGAGUGGUUUAGGGGUAGUCAUGGGCAAUCAUGGGGUUUUUUUUGCCCUAAGUCUCGACUCACAGGCUCCUCAGGCUGCAUGCAGUUUGUUCCGCAUUAGUUUUGCAUCACUUUUAUUUCGCAUGACCAGCAGCAGCAGUGAUCGCAGAGCAGGAGAGUGGAUGGAAGGUUUCUGCUCAGACUUUAAACCACCUAAAUCCUGAAUAUCUACAGACGGCGUGCAGACGGUGGGCCUGUCGGUCUCACCACAGUAUUAUGGACAGAUAUCUUAUCUUGCAGGAGAUUAGCAAAAUCUCUCUCUCUCUCUCUUGUGGGAUCUCAGCAGUCACGCACACGUCAAUACACACAAAUCAAGAUGCAAACAUAGUGUGCAGGAGUCGUUCUGCUGCUCUCUUAGCCUGUUUGCCAACCCUCUCGUCUCUGUACCAGUGUGUGUGUGUGAGCAGCGCCCGGUGGCAGUAUUUAUGGCGUCUGAGCCGGUCUGGUGGAAACCUUUUUCUAUACGAUCGGAUCUGGUAGAAACCGAUUUAGUGCCAGGCUCCGUGAGUGUGUAUGUGUGUGUGUGUGUUUGUAUCCAGGAACAGGCGUUAGUUUCCUGUGAGGACUGUGACGUAACCAGAGUGGAUCUGAUGACGAUGAUGACGAUGAAGAUAUAGAAGAUGUGACGGAUGGGCUCGACCCCACACUUUUCAUCUCAACUCUAUUCAAAUGUAAACCGGUUUUCUCUGUGUCGUUCUCUAGCUGUGUUCUCAUUGGCCGGCGGCGAGUCGGGAGAACAGUUUGAAGGAAGUAAAUAAACUGGAUGUUCACUGCACUCGCACGUCUUAUUGGAAAGAAGAGAAGUUUAAAAAAAGAAACACUCGCCGAUGCACAGUUAGAUUAAUUUUCUAUGUCCAAGGCACAGACAUUAUCAUGGUUCAGUGUACAGUAGGUAGCAAGAGGAACUGGAGAGAAAUGAGUUUUUUGAAAGCUGCUUUUUGAUUCCCUCGACCAAACACACACCUUUUCAGCCUUUUACAUAGACUUUAACCCUUUGAGACUGGAUCAGCUACCUGUCAUCUCACUCUAACUGAACAAACUGGAACUUGGUGCUACUCGCGUCUAGUUUUUUUUUUUUUUUUUCUGCUGCGUCUCUGCCUCCCUGCACUCGAGAGCCUUGCCGCCUCCCUUUCAGACCUCCGCGUUUGGUUUCAGUCACGCCGGCGGUUCUGCCGGCCUGUGGCUCCAACGCUUUGUUUUUGUUGGACUCUUCUGUUAAGUGAGGAAACUCAUCCCCUCGUUUGUGGAGCUGAGCUGUUUUCUCAUGCAGUCAUGUAGCGCCCGUGGCUUCUGCCCUCUUUGAUUCUCCACCCUUCUGCAGACUCCUUUCUUCUCAGCCCCCACACAGCCAUCCAAAAAGGACAAAUUGUCUUGGCAUGCGGCCCCGAUUCAUCGGGCUUCGCUUCUCCACCCACCAUCAGAUGUGGAAAUCCAUGAUACUUGAUUGUAGUCGGUUGUUCCCCCCCCCCAACACACACUUUUUUUGCAUGAAGGGUUGAGAAUCUGCAGCGAAUCGAAGCGGUUAUGUUCUGAGAAACCAGCAUCUGUGUGUUGACCGGGACCGAGGUUUUGACCGACGGAUGUGGAAGGGUAAACAUGUGGUAAUGACUGUGCCUUACUCCUCAAUUUUAGGCAGUAGGAAAAUUGAAAGAAAAAAAAAAAAGUCCACAUCUUUGCUUUGUAUAACUGGAACUUCCUUUUGUAUUAUUAUUUUGUAUCAUUUUUUUGAUAUUGUGGAUUAAUCUCUCUUGUGCCAUUGGUUCACCUAAAA